UUGAACUUGUAAUUAAAAUGUAGUUCCUUUCCACAGAGAAUAGUUAAUCUCUUCACUCAAGUACCGGAAACAAUGUCAGGAGAGGAAAAUUCUGCCCCAGUUGCUGCUGGCAAAAAAGGCUUAUCCAAGCCAAGAAAAGGAAGAGGAAGCAAGAGAGGUGUUAGGGCAGAGCCAGUUGAAGAGGUUCAUGAUGCAGAGCUGGAUACAGACUUUCCAGAAGCAGCUAAAACUGACGAUGCUUCACCAGUAAAAAGACAAAGAGGAAGUAAGAAGAGAACAUCCUCUUGUGAUGAGUCAGACAAUAAUGAAGAGGAUGUAUAUAACAGUGCUAAAGAGGAUAGUAAGCAAGCAGAGCCAGUGGAUGAAGAGGCAGAUGCUGACGUUUCAGAAGCAGCUAAAACAUUCAGAGCUUUGCCAUCAAGAAGACGAAGUGGAAGGAAGAGGAGAUCAUUCCAUUUUGAUGAUUCAGACAGCGAUGAAGAAGUUUUUUUCAAUAUUGUUGAAAAGAAGUCAAGGCGAGGCAGACCUAAAGGACAGACAUUAGAAUCAGGAUCAUGGGUAGCUCGAAAACCACUUGGUCGUCCAAAGCCAAAGCAAAACACUUUGAAUCAGUCCUUAAGAAGAGGCCAGAAACAUCCUACUGAGUUAAUAUGUGAAUUAGGCCAAGUGUUCUACAGUCUUGGUUGGGUUAGUGGAACAGGUGGUGGCAUCAGCAUCAAAACAGGGUGAGUUUGUUUUUUUCAGACAAAAGUAUGUAUGCAUGCUGUGUUUUAUUUUAUUGAGUAUUUGUAGUGUAAUUCAUCACAUGAAACUAAUGUAUAUUCUUGAAUGCAUUUCACUUGUUGUUGUGUGGGAUGCUGCCACAUACAUCCAUGCAAGAAAUGGAAUGAAGGGGUGACAAAUUAAAUCCAUAGGUUCUUUAAAGUCUUGUAAUGAAGAUAAACAGACAUCAAGACGACAGUAGCGGGAAGCAGGUCCGCGCUUGUCACUACAAUGACCACUGGACAGUGACUGACUAUGCAUAUGGCGGGAAAUAAAGGCAGUGUUGACACAUCUAAUUACAUUGUUGCCACGAUGCAUAACGAAAUAGUGGUCUUACAAUACGUGCAAUGAGAAAAUAUAAAUGGGAACAUAAAUAUCAUUCUUCUGUAGAAUAAUACAAGCAAAUGUACAUUAAUGUUCACAAACUGUACGUAAUGUAAUUAAUAAACAGCAUAACAUUAAAUAUCUAUACAGUUGUGACAGUAGCUACAUGUUAAAUAAAUAGAGAAAAAGU